UAAAAUUUAUAUUCAUGUAAAGAUAUAAUGUAAAAAUCGAUUGUUCUCGAAGCUGAAAACUGAUGAAUUGACAGCUCAUCUCAUGAAUAAAAUGGAUUAAAUACUAUCACCAUGGUCUGGAUUCCUCAAAUACUUAAGGUUGCCUGGGAUGCGACGAAGCUAGGAAUAGCCCUGAAAGGCUACAAACAGGAAAGGGCUCUGGUCGAAUCAAAGAAACAUCAGAUCAGCAUUUUCCGGCGGAAAGAGGCGGUUAAAGAAAUCCGCCGUUUAUACGAGGCGGAGAAAUAUGAAGAGCUGGUCCGCCUGUUUGUGCCGGAUGUUGUAUUGAAUAAGGUUGAGGAGUUUGUGGAUUUAUGGUGGCGGAUUUGGGACAUUUAUUGGAUAUUCAUUCUCAUACGGAUACUGUUAGUAUUUGUACCUGGGAAUUCUGGUUACAUUCAUCCUGAUGAGUACUUUCAAUCUCUAGAGGUUACCAUGGGGGAUAUAUUCGACCUUGAUGUACACAGAACCUGGGAGUUUAAUACAACACAGCCGCUUAGGAGUCCGACGUUACCGUUUGUAAUCUACGGAAUCCCGCUGGGCUGCCUUAGGCUGGUAAAUCUGGGAGUAUAUCACUACCUUGGAGUAAAUAUUAUUGAAACUUUCCGGGAAACAAACCAAAGAGAGAAAGUUGAAAUCCAGAAGAAAAAGAAGAAAAUUCCUCCUCAUGAUUUUAAAUUCGUCGUACAAAUUGGCGUUGUGUGCGCCAUCGGCGUAUUUAAUCGUCCAACCUUCCUCUUCUAUGCAUUUUCACCGUUGUUCUUCUGGUUUCAACGCGGCGUCUUCAAUCAUUCAAUGUUCACACCUUUUCAAACUUUUAACUUCAGGAUUGCGUUGAUGCUUCCAAUAUUCGUGGGAACAAGCCUUCUCCUCAUACUGACUGAUUCCCUUUACUACGGUGAUCUAACUAUACACAAGUUGUGGCAUUUAUCCAUGAAAUACUCAGACUGGAAGGUGGCACCGUUCAAUUUUAUUAUGUACAACGCUGUUCCGGGCAACAUAAUUAGUCAUGGAGAACAUCCCAGAUAUACACAUACCCUGGUAAAUCUACCUCUACUGCUGGGUCCUUUAGCCCCUGUAUUCCUGAUCACAGUGCUCAAUUGGAUCCUUGAUGUCUGUUACCUUCCUUGGCAAAAGAAACCUGGGAUGAGAACAGUUUACGCACUGAUGCUUUUCUCCAGCUUAAUUCCGCUUAUCGGGUUGUCUGUUGUUAAGCAUCAGGAAGCAAGAUUUCUUCUCCCUCUUCUACCCUGUAUAGUCCUGAUGUGUGGUCAUAAACUUAG